AUGUUCAGUCGCCUCUGACUGGCUUUGGAGUGAGGGUCGAGUUUUCACCAAUCGUCGGCAGCGCGCGCGCGUGACAGUACAAGAGAUAGCCACCGGUGCCUAAAUUGAUUCCCUCAUUGACUCCCUCCCUCAAUCUCAGUGUAAGGGAUAGCCAUUGGUUCCGUAAUCGCGCCGAGAAUGAAAUUCAUCCCUUGCCUGACACAGUACGAUAGUGGCAGCAGCAGUAGCGGUAGCAACUUUAGUCAUAGCAAUCGUAGUAAUCGUGUCAGUAGUAGUGUGUCGUUUCGACGUGACAGUACUGGGAAAACGAGCAGGACGUAUAACCGGCAGGAACACCGGAUACUAUAGGAUAGAUACACGCUUGAUUGUAGAAGCGCUUGAUUUUACGCGACUCUCGCGAAUUUAGCUGCGGGUGCGCGUGCGCGCAGCUUCACGUUCGCGCACAACUUCAUUUCGCGGCGAGUACGAGAAAAGGGACGGUGAAAAAGUUUACACGGUGUAAAUAGAGUGAAAGAGAAAUAAUAAAGGAAAUAAUAUAUUUAUAUAUAAAUAUAUACAUAUGAUAUUAUAGUUGAAAUAAAAUCUCUCGAACGUGUCUUGUCGAAGAGUGGUCGGAGUGAAGUGCAAAGUGUAUUCGAUACAGUCAGAUUAAAUCAUCUUAGUGGAUAUCGAUCGGAUAUUAAUAAUGGAAUCAUACAGCUUGAGCGAGGAACUGAGCAGCAUAUUUUCUGCAUACAAGGAAGAAAUGUAUGUCAAGAUGUAUGAGAGCAAGAAGGACGACGUAUGGACUCUAGAGGACAUGAACAACGGUUACGAAGUUGUGAACAAGUUCUCGGCCGAGGAAGAAGCAGGAGAAACAGAGGCAUUUAAAAGGGAACACGACGAAAUAGAAAGGAGAAAAAAUUUAAUUAGUGAAGAGAAAAGAAAUGAAAUUUUAUUCGAGAAACAUAGAGAAAAUAAACUCGAUUUCGAAAAAUUAGAAUCUAUCGCUUACUGCUGGAAUAAUCCCUCGUGGUCGCGGGUUACGAAUAAGACUACGAACGAAUACAAGAAAUUCUCAUAUUGUUGUCCCGAGUUCCCAUUGCAUUCUAUAUUUACACGAAAAGAUUUUACCGAGCGAACGUUAACCUCUAUUCCAUUAAUGCCCGUGCCUUCAUCUGAAUACUGUCGUCAACUCGAUGAAGUAAGUAAUAAACCGACAUUAAUAAAACAGAACAGCAGUUCUUCCCAAUGGUGCUCUAGAAGUCCAAAAAUCACACCAAGGAGAAGCGUUCUUAAAUCGCAUGCAACUUUAGUCAACUCUGCAAUUCUGACAGCGCCGCAUUUGCAUUUGGCGAAGCCGCUGAUGAAUACAACAACAAUGACUACAAUAGGUAAUUCUCAGGAACAUUCGCGGAUGGCCUUGCGGUACGCCAAGGCGCUUGACAGCGACGGCGAUUCACCAAGAUCAGCGUCACCACUCAGCUCUGAGGUGGACGAAGAGGAUUUUUUGAUGAGUCGGAAACACGAGAGAUUAUCCGACUACAUAUCGGAGGGUGCAGCAUCGGCGAGCAGGGAAUCGGAGAACGAGGGUGUCGGUCAGCAGGUCGGCAGAGGGCCUUAUACCCGCCAGAGGAAGGAGAAUCAACGAAAGAUGUCGAUGGAGAACGACAUCAAUAAAGAAAAGGAUCCCCUCCAAGAACACAGCUACUAUCAGUCCAGAAGGGAAUCAGUCAAUAUAGAGCGAUUGAGGCGAGAGACAUUUUCAGAAACUGACGAGGAAAUCGACGUGGUGUCGUACGAGAAGAAGACGACAUACCUCAAUAUCGCGCAGAAGCAACACGAUGCACGCCAGCUGGCCUUGAACUUCACACCGAAACAACUCAGUACAAGUCAGCUGGCCUUAAACUUCCCGCAGAAACAACCCGACGCAAAUGACUUGGCCUUGAGCUUCGCACAGAAGCAAUACAAUGCAAAUCAGUUGGCCGCUAACAAAGUCAAGACGGAUGUGCGCCGACCCCGUGGUAGACCUCCAGGUCCGAACUCUGUAAAACGAAAGAUAGCCGCACAGAUCAACAGCUUGAAUAAGACGUGCGAUUCCUCUCUAAAACGGACCCGUGCUCACCCGUAUCAACGGGAACAAAAACGGCAAAACACGAAGAACUGGAGUCGGGCCGAUGACGAUGAGGCGGACAAGAGGCAUCUACAUAACGACAUGGAGCGCCAGCGUCGAAUAAGCUUGAAGAACUGUUUCGAUACGUUGAAGGCGACAGUGCCAUCGAUAGCGAAGAAAGAGAAAGCAUCAAAGGUAGCUAUCUUGAACGGGGCCUUCGCAGACAUCCAGACGCUACAAACAACAAACGAUAGUCUGACGAAGGAAUUCGCCAAACAACGGAGUCGAAACAUACUACUCAAGCAGCGACUCACAGAACUCAGGCGGGAAGCAGACAAACAGCGUCGUCUGCAACAGCAAUAUUGAAGUAGGAAAAUCCGUUAGCAGUCUCACAGCAGGAACCGGAUCGAUUUCACGUGACGUAAACGACAUCGACGUGUGAAUCGAAAUUGUGUAAUAUAAAAUCCUGCCACAAAAGUGAAAAGGGACGUAAUAAUUUGUACGCCAAAGAUCUUAAAAUUGUGAGAACUGUGGAGCGGGGACACGAUAUUAUUAUUUAAGGGAGUGCAAGUGAUGAUAUAGAGAGAGUGCGUGUGUGACAAAUAAAAAAGAGAGAAUGAAAAAGUGUAUUGUACAAUUUUUUUUUACGUCUAUUCUUAAUUUGUGCGAAUUUUACACAGCUGUUUCGUUGUAUGAACAAAUAAAACAGCAUCGCUAACGACGAAGUGCGCGUAAAUGAAUCGACAUGAAAUUUUUACGGGCACGGAAAUAAUCAGAUGUUGAGAUGAACGUGAUAAAUUAUGCGAAAGUUGAAAAUUCCUUCGAUCUGCUCCAUGAAAAUUCUUCCUUGAUACCGCUUUCAUCGGCUUGAUUAAAAAUAUGCGGUAUCUAGUCUUUAAUAUCGCAUUUCUUUACCGAUUCGCUUCAUGUCAAUCUUCACGCGGAACGUUCGAUCUGCCGCACUUCAGCGAAUCAUUGGCGAAUGCAUUUUAAUUUCCGUCGCGUAGAUAAAGCGAAUCGGUUGAGCGGUCGGAGGGGACCUUAUCACGAUAUUGCUCAACAACCUGACUACCGGUUCCCGACCGGUUCGCCGGUCUUAGGUCUGUUGGUACCGGUUCUAACCACUUUUUAGA